CAUAUUACUUUUCAACCUUAUCUUUAACGUCUGUUAUCUUCCUAAGGGGUGACAAAGUCAGACAGAGUCAACAGGACAGUCAGUUUUAAGAUAAUGAUGAAACUUUGGAUUAUUUCUGUUUACGUUGUAAGUGUUGUAUAUGGCCAGUGUCCUAAUGGUUGGAUACAUCACGAUACGUCCUGUUACAGACUCCGGUCGGACACAGAAACUUGGAUAAAUGCCAAGAACGUUUGUGAACUCGACAAAGCAUAUUUAGCGGAGAUCGGAGAUGAAAGAGAAAAUACAUUUAUCCAUGGGCUGAUAACUGAUAACUUGAACGUAUGGCUUGGUGGAACCGACUUAUCAACUGAAGGCGAAUGGAUAUGGAUAAAUUCCCACUCGGAUAUGACGUACACAAAAUGGCGUCCUACCGAACCAAAUAAUUCUGCGCAUGACGAAAACUGUCUUGAAAUGGAUAAAAACGGACUUUGGAAUGACAGACCAUGCCAUUAUGUCCAGAAAUAUGUAUGCGAGAAAGCAUUGUCAGACCAAGAAAUCGUCGGCUAAAACAACUUGAAGAUCUUCUCGCUUGAUUUGGAAUAAGAAUUAUAUCUAAAAGUAAAUUCAUUUCCAGACAGUCAACAUUGUAUUUGUAUAAAAUUGCUUGAUAAAAAAUGCAGAAUUAAAUUAUUAUGGAAACA